AUGGUAGUCUGGAUUCAGCUACCGGGGCUACCAAUUCAUUUGUACCACAAGGAGAUACUGUUCACACUUGGCAAUCUGAUUGGUCGAGCUAUCAAGCUUGAUUUCCACACUCUACACCAACAGAGAGCUAAGUUUGCUAGAAUAGCAGUGGAAGUAGACCUUUCCAAACCUUUGAUCCCAAGAAUUCGACUCGACGGGCAGUGGCAAAAGGUAGAAUACGAAAACUUGCCGGUCGUUUGUUUCGAAUGUGGCAAAGUUGGCCAUACAAGACUCUACUGCCCCUUGGUGGCUCGGAUAGAGGCAAAUAAUAACUCAGCGGGAGAACGAUCGUCGCCGGCGACUCUCUCCACAGAAGCUCUGAUGGACGAUACCGCAGGCUUUGGGCCGUGGAUGCUGGUCACGAGGAAAUCCCGGCGGAAUCUAAGGGAGAACCCCAAUUACGACAAGUCGGAGCAAGGAAGGCAAGGCAACCAUGGCUCAAAAAGGAAAGAGGAAAAGAUGGAAGGAAAUUACCUCAAGAAUCAAGGAAAUACCUCAAGUGCUCCUAGCAAUCAGCAACGGCAAGCAGAGGAACGGUCUCUAGCGGGAGAUAAGGCGAGUACAGGGGCAAGGAAAGUUGGGAAGAGUGACAACAAAGGGAAAGAAAAAGUUGGAGAGCCAACCCAGGCUAUUGGGAAGGGCAUCUUGGGCCCGCGGCCGCACUCCGCUACUGUGGAGCUGGCUACUAAGCCUGCUAAGACGGAUUUUUCGAAGGAAGUAGAGCCCUCCACCACUUACAAAAGCACUGGGCCUGGUAGUCACGAAGUCACAGGAGCCGAGUAUGGAUCGCGGCCCACUAGCAUCCCCACCCAGUCAAUCAUAGGGCCCCAAGGAACACAUAUACAGAUAGUGCAAGCCUAA